CGCUGACAGAGCGCAGCCAUGGCGGGGCCGCGGCCGGGCUCCUUCCCGCUGCUGGUGCGCGGGGAUUGGGGCACCGCGGAGCCGCCGGCCGCGCUGCGCAAGAAGCUGCUGCUCUACUUCCAGAGCCCGAAGCGCUCGGGCGGCGGCGAGUGCGAGCUGCGGGGGGGACCCGGGCAGCUGCUCGUCUGCUUCGCCCAACCCGACGUGAAGCAACAGGUCCUUGAGAGACAGACUCACGAGCUGGAUUUGGGAAAAAAAGGGAAAUUUAAGUUCAUUGUCACAGAGCUUGAAGCAGCAGCUGAACAGGAAGCACUUGAGGAAAAAAUAGUUCCCACAAAGGCUCUGGAUGCCAUGAGAGGCCUUCAAAGAAAAGGAGGAGCUUUGCAGAAAACAGAGAAUGAUUUUCCAAAGAGUGAACUCCAGGAGAGAUCUCGCUCCAUGGAGAAAGGUGCAGAACAGUCUGCAGAGACUUCACCUUCUGUAGUGCUUGGAAAUGUUGAAGGAUGCAGUGCAAAAUGCAUACAGAUACUGCUAGAGGAUGUCGGCGGUUUAGCUGCGGAUGAUGACUUCACUGUGGAAAUGAUACCGGAGUUAAAUGUUGCUGUAGCUACUUUUCUAAAAAGUAUUGAUACUCAAGAAUUCAUCAACAACCUCGCACAAAACAAAAGAGUGAAAAGAUUCAAAAUAACUGCCAGGCUUCUUGAAGUGACUCGCAGCCUCAAGGCUGAAAACAUACCAGAUAAUGUUUCCACAGACUAUCUCACAGUUUAUUUUGAGAACACACAAAAUGGAGGUGGGCCUUUGUCAGACAUCCAGCUCUUCCCCGAGGAGAACUCGGCCAUCGUUACUUUCUGUGAUCACAAAGAUCUAAGCACUGUCUUGGAAAAGCAGCAUUUACUUCAAGAAACACCGGUUUCUGUGCAUCCAUAUUACCACUCGCUGGGAACAGCUCUGUACGGAAAAGACAGACCAGUUACCAAGAUGCCAGACUCUGUGGUGAUGCCACUAGAUCCCUAUGUCUGGCAGUUUUUACAAAGGCAAGAUAGACUGACUGAAGCCAUAAACCAGGAAAUGGCAAAUUGCCAUUGCUGUCUAAAGUGGCCACAGGCAGACUGUGCUCAACCAGAAAUCACGCUGUGUCCAUCAUCAUCUAUCUCUGAGCAGAAGGAAACAAUGAUUAAGUUGAUCAAGACCUGGAAGCAAGAUGUUUCCACUGAGUUCUCGCGUAUCAUGUCGCGUUACGUAGCUAUAAAGUGUAAAGUAAGUUCAGCUAAGUGGAAAGAAGUGAAGAACAGAUUGGUGAAAGACUCUGAUUUGAUCAUAACUGAUAUUUCUGAGGAGAUGGUGGUGAUAGCAGGUAACAGAGCAGCUGUGGACAGUGCAGAGAAAAAAGUGAGGGAAUGCAUGGAAAAAGCCAUGGAGGAAAGUGAAAGGAAAAAACAAACCAUAGAAAUUUCUGUGUCCAUCACCCCAGGGAAAUAUGCAGUUUUGCAUAAUGCUGGGCUAGAAAAGCAAAUUCAUGAAGAAUAUCCACGCUUAAAGAUCUCUUAUGAUGAGACAAAACAGACUGUUCAGUUGUGUGGAUUAUCUGCAGAAGUUUAUAAAACCAAAGCCAACUUACUGGAAAAGGUAUUGAAUAUGCCUUCGGCAUCAGUUAAUGUUAAUAACAAUGUUUUCCUACACCUACGCUGUGUAAAUAGUAAGACAAUGUCAGAGAUGUUAUUUGCAGCACACAAAAUUAAUGCUUUUUAUGAGCUCAAGGGUGACACUGUGGUGGUAUUUGGAGAGACUUCUAAAGAUCUUUCAGAAGGAGAAAAGCGAUUAAAGGCAAGCCUAGCAUAUAAGAGCAUUGAUGUGAAGGACUCUGAAGUCACUAAAAUGAAAGAGUGGAGUGAUCUGCUUGCCUUCUUGCGUAAGAAGUACCCCUCUUCCCAGGAAACUGUAGUCAUCCAUGAACCUAUUGGAAAUGAAAAUACAGUGAUCGUUACUGGCUUUACUGAGACUGUAGAAGAAGUUUAUCAGAACCUUUAUGAUUUUAUAGAUAGAAACACGCAGGUGGAAAAAGAAAUCCCUGCUAAGUUGGUGGCAGCAGUGGAGUUCAUAGAGAAGGAAAAAUCUGCUGUUUGUGAUGAACUGAGGAACAAGGGUGGGACAGUAUGCUUUCAUACCAAGACACCGUGUAUUUCCCUGUGCGGACCAAAAGCAGAAGUGUCAAAAGCAGCCACUGUGUUGGAAAAAAUUAUCUCAUCCCUUUACUGGAAGGAUGUGUCAAUUGAUAAACCAGGGGCAAAGCAGUUCUUUGUCAACAGGAAAGAUACAUUUAUUUUUGAGGCAAAGCAGAAGUUUAACUGUCUGAUCAGGCUGAAAGAAGAAGAACAGCAGAAGAGUGAAAAUGUUGAUGAUAAUGAGGAACGAAAGCUCCACUACAGGCAAAUCCUACAAGAUGGUGUUGAAGUGCUGGUAUAUAAAGGCAACUUGUGCAAUUACCCAGUUGAUGUUGUGGUGAAUGCAUCAAACGAAGACCUAAAACACAUUGGUGGCCUCGCUUGGGCACUGCUCCAAGCAGCUGGUCCAGAGCUGCAGGCUGAGUGUGAUGAGGUGGUGAAGAAGAGGGGGAGUCUGCAGGCUGGGUGUGCGGUGAUCACAGGAGCGGGGAAGCUCCCCUGCAAACAGGUCAUCCAUGCUGUUGGGCCCCGGUGGAAGAAGAAGAGGGUAGGAAAGUGUGUGUACCUGUUAAGACAGGCCAUUAAAAAGAGCCUGCAGCUGGCUGACAAAUAUAAUCAUCGCUCCAUAGCUUUCCCUUCUGUAAGUGGAGGGAUUUUUGGCUUCCCGCUGCGGAAGUGUGUAAAUGCAAUUGUGUCAGCCAUCAAGAAAACCCUGGAAGAAUUCAGUGGGGGAAGCAGCUUGAAGGAGAUUCAUCUUGUUGCCAUUGAUGAAGAAACAGUUCAGGUUUUGAGUGAGACUGUACAAAGAGUGUUUAGAACUAAGCUAUCCACCUCAGUGCCGCAGCAGGGAUGCUCUACAGAUCACAGGCAGUGGGAGAGUGAGAGCGAGGAGAGAGGAGAGGAUCUUUGCGUGGCUACAGAUGGUGAGAAGAUGAUUACGACAGCAGAAGGACUGUGCAUCCGAGUGGAGGAGAAAGACAUUGUAGAUGCAACAACUGAUGUUAUCGUCAACAGUGUUGGCACAGAUUUGGGGUUUGGUGUGGGGCCUCUCUGCCGUGCCUUGCUGGAAGAGGCUGGACCAGAGCUCCAGGUGGAGUUUGACAAGGAAAAAGGACAACAGGCAGUUGGUAACGGGAGUGUGCUCUGCACGAGUGGAUGCACUCUGGCUUGCAAGUUCGUGUUUCAUGCUGUACUUUCCCAGUGGGACAGAGGAAGUGGGCAGGCCCUGAAGACCCUAGAAAACAUAGUCAAUUUAUGCUUGAUGAAAACUGAAGAACUUGGACUGAAUUCCAUCACUUUUCCAGCUAUUGGAACUGGGGGAUUUAGAUUCCCUAAAACUGUUGUUUCUAAGUUAAUGUUUGAUGAAGUAUUCAAGUUCAGCAGCAGUCACAGUCGGAAGACUCUCCAGGAAGUUCACUUUCUCUUGCACCCGGAUGAUAUGUAUAACAUUCAGGCUUUUACCAAUGAACUAAAACGUAGGGUAACUGGUGAUGUAGCACCUCGGCUAGACUUCAUCAGUCCUGUUUCAACUGAAGCAUUGGGAGUUUAUAAAAUGAAGAUUGGCUCCAUUAUGCUCAAAGUAAUUAGUGGAGAUAUUACCAAGGAAGACACAGAGGUCAUUGUAAAUAUAUCAAACCGAACAUUUGAUGCCACAUCAGGGGUUUUCAAAGCUAUUAUGGAUGCUGCUGGUUCCGAUGUAGAAGAAGAAUGUGAUCAAUAUGCUGGACAGCUUCAAAGUGGUUUUAUUACUACAGAGGGUGGUGCACUGUCAUGCAGUAAAAUCAUCCACUUGAUUCACAGUAUGAAUGUGAAGAAUCAGGUUUCCAAAGUACUUCAUGAGUGUGAGCUAAGGAGCUACAAAUCUGUUGCCUUUCCAGCAAUUGGAACAGGUGCUGCACGACAGAACCCAGCAAAGGUAGCUGAUGAUAUGUUGGAUGCUAUAGUGGAAUUUGCAAGCAGUAGAUCCGUACAGCAUUUGAAAGAAAUUAAAAUAGUAAUCUUCCAGGAACAUAUGCUGAGAGACUUUUAUGAAAGCAUGAAAAGAGAAGAUUUAGCUUUGUUUGAACCGCAAUCGUGGAUGUCUACGCUAAAAUCGUGUUCUUGGGGCCAGAAAAAAUCCAUCAAGAAGGUUUUGGAGAAGAAAGUUGAUAAAGUUACAUUUCAGAUUUGUGGAGAAAGCAAAAGAAAUGUGGAUGCAACUGAGUCCUGGAUAGUAGAUUUGAUUUUAAAGGAACAGUUUGAAAACACGAUUGUAGAUGAGCUAAUUGAAAAUUUUGAUGAGAGACAAAUUGAGGCUUUGGCAGAUCUCCAGAGAGGAAAGCAUGUUACCAUUCAGCUUGAUAAGAGCCAUUCUCCACCUUGCAUUACCAUUUCUGGUAUUAGCAGGGAAGUCUGCUCUGUUUCUGUGGAAGUUCAAAAAAUGAUCAAAAAAAUAAUGACUACUCAAGAAGAGCAAUCCAAGGCAGAACUUGUUUAUAACCUAGUAGAAUGGAGGUAUCAAAGAACUGAUGAUAGCUUUGUUGCUUUUGAUAAACUGACAAAUAUGCAGCUGGAAGAUGCCAAAAUAGACAAAAAAACACAUCUGACCAUCAGAAUUAACAAGAACAACUACAGGGUGGAUCUGAAUACUCUACAGGCUCUUAAUGACCAAGGAAGAACUAUAAACAUUCAACGUGUGCCAAAGAAUGAAGAUAUGCAGUCAAUAGAGUUCCCUGCAAAGUGGGAAGACAUGCAAGGGGAACGAGUCAAACUGGUGGCCCUCACACAGUCGUGUCAGGAGUAUCUCGAAGUUCAGAAGAGAUUUCAGAAAACUGCUCACAGCUUUGUCAUAGAGAAGAUUCAAAGAAUACAAAAUCCCUUCCUCUGGCAGACCUACCAAAUCAAAAAGAAAUCUCUGUGUAUGAAGAACAAACAUAAAGAUAAUGAGAAGCUGUUGUUUCACGGGACAGCUAAAAUCUCAUUGAACGCAAUCAACUACAAUGGAUUUAAUCGUGGCUUUGCUGGAAUUAAUGCUGCAAUCAUUGGAAAUGGAACCUACUUUGCCGUUAAUGCCAAUUACUCCGCUCAGGAUAUUUACUCAAAACCAGAUACGAGUGGCCGAAAAUACAUGUACCUGGCUCGGGUCCUCACAGGGGAGUUCUGUGUUGGGAGCAGAGGGCUGGUCACUCCACCUCCAAAACACUCAGCAGAUCCUACCAACCUGUACGACAGCGUAGUCGAUGAUGAGAAUUCUCCAAAGAUGUUUGUCAUAUUUAAUGACAUUCAGGCAUAUCCAGAAUACCUUAUUACUUUCAGACAGUAGAAUACUCUUCAUAGUCUAAAAAAUGCUGGUGCCUUUUCUAUAUAAAAUGUAGCAGGCAUUUCUUGAUUGCUGUUUACUCUUAGGUCUCUUAAGUGCUUUUUUAAUCUAUUCAGGUGCUUAAAUAAGUCUUCAUAGUCACCAAGGCCCGGAUAAGCAAUUAUUUCAGAAUGCAUUGUUUUAAUACUCACAUUUCAAAUUCAGUUCUGUAGAGGUGUAGCAAGAGCUUGAGAACAGGAUUAACUUCCUCCCAAGCAAGGCAGAUGGGAACUGAUAGGAGCGGGAGCUGCUGUGCCAUACCUGUUGCCAUCUGACUUUAGAUUUGCUAUAAGAGGUUUUCAAGGAAAGGGCAAACGUGGCACUGAAGGGCACGGUGGCGUUGAGUUGAUGAUUGGACUAGAUGAUCUUAGAGGUCUUUUCCAGCCUUAAUGUCUGUGUGAUUCUAUGCAUUAUGUAAGUUCAGAUGCCACGGACACAGUUAUUGCUUCUGAGUUCUUAGGAUAGUAAAGAGCGAUUAAUUUCUGCUGGAUGAAAUGGAAACAUAACCUUUCUCCUUAACUCUUUGGACAGAGUAGUCUAUAGGGACACUUUCAAUCAGUAUGGGCACACAUUCUAGGGACGCAUAGAUACAUAUUGUAGGUAAACCAUUCAAAAACACUUCAUGUUCCGUAAAGCAAAUAAAAAUAAUGGUAUAUGUACCCUUGAACAUAUGCAGGUUAUGUGCUUAGAGUGAUCACCUUGCAACUGUCAAUUAAAAGCCCUGUGUGUUUCAUUUUAUUAAAAGAAGUUACAAGUA